AUGGGCAAUGCUCGCAACACUCGUCGUCUUAUUCCAUCGUUGUCCACCGAGUACAAUGACAGCACAUGGAAAUUUGUAUUCAAUUCAUCUUCACAAGAUACGACAGUGUUUGGCACAGGUGUAGGCAUAAAUGGCGAUCUCUAUCUCUUUGUGAGUGAUUCACGAUAUUCUUCAGCUGAUUAUAUGCUCUGUCUCACUUCAAAUGGAGAUGUUCGUUGGAAGAUGUAUAUUGAAUCAGUACCACGCAUGAUUAAUGUCGGCGUGUCGAACAUUGUCUCGGAUCGAGAAAAUAAUAUUCUUUUCUAUACAUCGUCAUGGGCCGAUAGUGGAUCAUAUAUGGCUAAAAUGUGUCGAGUCUUCUAUCCUCAAACUCGUCAUCCUGCUCAAGAAUGUGUGAACAUCGCUAAACUUUUCGUUUCUUUUUUAUCACCACUUGCGUUAAAUACAAAAGCAAAUAUUCUGAUGACUACAGUUAACGAAAAUGUGCCGGCUGCUUUCAAUGCAACUACAUUUGAAAUGAUUUGGAGUAAUCUAGAAAUGAUGGGUUCUGAUCCGUCUGCCGACUACAAAAAUGAUCCACUCACAGGCGAUGUCUAUUGGAUUGGAGGUGACGAUAACAUGCGUAAGAUGAAUUCAACUGGCACUCGUCUAUUUGAAAAUGAUACAAAUUCGGGUGGUAAUAGACAAUUUGCUCUCGAUAGUCGACGUCAAAAAAUGGUGCGAGCAUGGCAAAAUUUAUCCGAUCAUGAAUGGCCUCUUAUUGUCUCGGCAUGGGAUGUUGGAAGUACAGAAUUACGUGAGCAAUGGCAAUGGAAGAAUACGGUUAUUAAUAGCACGAACAAUGAUUGUACUCCACCAGUGAUCGAUGAUCUAUACGGUUUUACCUACUUUGUCAACUUACCCUAUGCUAUUGCCCUUGAUACUAAUAGUGGCUAUCGUAAAUGGCAAACUCAACUGAUAACGAACGAUGAAAUAAACCAAUUGGAUCUUGUUUCUGAAUGUAUUGCAUUCAAUGGCCAAAAACGAAUCAUUUAUGUUCUUGUCAAAUCAACUAAAGUCUCUUCAACUCUCUUUCUCGUUGCUGUACACGCUGAUACUGGUAAAAUCCUUCGACGAAUGGAAGUGUUACAGAAAGCAACGAAUGGCGAGGAAUAUAAGAAACUUACUAUACCAUUCUGUCCUAUUCUUAUUGGUAAUGAACUGGUCUAUAUCUCGUGGUUGUCAGGUGACUAUCCUGAAUUGGUUCCAUUGACAGUAGUUGGCAUGCCACAGUUGUCUUAG